GCACCCACCUGUGCCACUCUGCAAUGUCACACACCUGUGCCCAGAAGUGCCACCUACCUGUGCCCAGCAGUGCCACCCACCUGUGCCCACCAGUGCCACCCACCUGUGCCCAGUGCCACCCACCUGUGCCCACCCACCAGUGCUGCCCACCAGUGCCACCCACCAGUGCAGCGCAGCAGUGCUGCCAGUCAGUGCCACCAGUCAGUGCCCAGCGGUUGUGCCAGUCAGUGCCGCCAGUCAGUGCCCAACAGUGAUGCCAGUCAGUGCCGUCUAUCAGUACCCAUAAUCAGUGUCACCUAUCAGUGCUGCCUAUCAGUGCUGCCUAUCCGUGCCACCUCAUUAGUACUGCCUAUCAGUGCCCUUUAG